AUGCUCUCCAGAAACUUGUCCAAAUGCACACGUAUGUUCAGCACGUCGAACAAGGCGAUGUCGUCGACGGGCAUCGAUUUCAACUUGACCGCCGACCAAGCAGAGUUCCGUGCCAACGUUCGCAAGUUUGUCGCCGAUGAAGUGAUUCCAGUCGCCGCCGAAUACGACAAAACCAUGGAGUACCCGUGGCCAAUCAUCAAGAAGGCUCACGCUCAGGGAUACUUGAUCGCCGAUAUUCCAGAAGCAUAUGGAGGACUUGGAGUAGACAUGGUCUCCAACUGUAUUAUCAGCGAGGAGAUGGCGUAUGGAUGUUCGGGAAUCGCCACUGCUAUCAUGGCCAAUGAUCUUGCUCUCACACCACUCAUCUUGUGUGCCAACGAUGACAUCAAGAAGAGAUUCUUGACCAGAAUGGUGGAGAAUCCGUUUGUUGCUUCCUACGCCGUCACAGAACCCGGAGCUGGAUCCGACGUAGCUGGAGUCAAGACAAAGUGCGAGAAGAAGGGUGACGAGUACAUCCUCAACGGAUCCAAGAUGUGGAUUACCAAUGCUGGACAUGCCAAUUGGUUCUUCGUUCUUGCUCGCUCGGACCCAAAUCCAAAAACCCCAGCCGGCAAAGCAUUCACUGCCUUCGUCGUCGAGGGAGACUCCCCAGGACUGACCCGUGGACGCAAGGAAAUCAAUAUGGGACAACGAUGCUCUGACACCCGUGGAAUUACCUUUGAAGACGUGCGUGUGCCAGCGGCCAACGUUGUCGGUGCUCCAGGAGAAGGAUUCAAGGUUGCUAUGAAGACGUUCGACAAGACUCGUCCAACAGUUGCUGCUCUCGCCACCGGAGUCACCUAUCGCUGUUUGGACGUCGCUACGCAGUACUCUCUGGAAAGAAAAGCGUUUGGAACUCAAAUUGCCAACCAUCAAGGUGUCUCGUUCUUGCUUGCUGAGAUGGCCAUUAAUGCGGAGCUUGCCAGAUUGAUGACUUACAAGAGUGGAGCUGAGGUCGACGCUGGCCGUCCAGGCUCUUACUACGCUUCCAUCGCUAAACUCUUUGCCUCUGACGCUGUCAACUCUGCCGCCACCAACGCUGUUCAAGUCUUUGGAGGUGCGGGAUUCAACACUGAAUACCCAGCUGAGAAGCUGAUGCGUGACGCCAAGAUCUUCCAAAUCUACGAAGGAACAUCCCAGAUCCAACGCAUGGUCAUUGCCCGUCAGUUGCUCGCUCGAGUUGCUCAGAAUGGAGGAUACUAG